AUGAGCUUUUGCGGAGUGAAAAAAAUUGCAAAACUUAAUUCGAAGAAUCUUGGAACAAGGAUAAAAGAUAUAAAAAUCAAUGAAGAGCUUCACUUAUUUUUGGUUAUGGAUCAGCUUGGACUGCAAAAGCACCAUAUUUAUUGCAAUGCUAAUAAGCAAAGGAUUAUCUGCUUUAAUAGUUGGAGCGAAGAUCCAAUUACUUUUGACAAACUAUUAUUUACAAAAGUGUAUUAG